GUGCAAAUACUCUUUCAUCCAACUGGCCACUCCACAGUCCACUCUCAGCCAUAGACCAUAGUCACCAUGGCUGCACCUGCAGGUCCACCUCCACCAGAUUUCAUACCACAAAUACCAGAUCUUGAUGGUCUAGAUGCUUUCCAACCAGCAAUACCACAAUCUCUUCCAAAUUUGCCAGCUCCGAUUCAGAGCGUUGAAACUCAUGAUGGAUACAGGUUUUCGGAUUUUUUGGAUGCAAUUCAAGAGCACAACAUCGAAAUGUGGGAGAAAGAUCCGAAUGGUAGAGUCCUAAAUGUUAGUGCUGUGGGCAGAAAAGUGUUUCUGAGCAUGGGAAAAAUAGUUGCGGGGAUUCAUAAGAGAGGUCAAUUUGCUGGGAAUCUGAUAGACAGAAUUAGAAUUUUUGGAGAUCAAUCCGUCAAAUUUCCUUUCCCUAAUAUGAAUCCAAACGCUGAGACAACCUUAGACCGGGGAAUAUUAACAGAUCUCAUUCAUUUUAGGUGGAUGGUGGCUAGAGUAAUAGUCACUUCCCUCCCCAACUAUGAUCACCAGAUGCUCUCAGACACCUUCAAAUUGUUCUUUUCAGAGAUUUAUAUCCAUCACUCGGAUAAGUAUUCGAUUUUUCAACUUCUUCAUCCUAUCUUCUUUGAUGCCAGUGAUAGAAUGAGUUUUCUACAACUUAUUCAGGAUUAUUUAAAGGAAAACCCCAAAGCCAAGAACGGACUUCGACGUCUUGAUCGUUUUUUUCAACAGUGGUGGAAUAACUUUCCCACGAGGUUUAGGCAUAUUUUUGAUAAGGUGUAUAAAUUUAACAAAAAUCAUUUACGUGUAUAUAAAGUACAGAGCAGCACACUACCCCUCUUUAUAAGGAAUAUGCAUCAUCACUUCGCGGAGCAUGGUCAAAUGCACCCCACACACGAGGUGAUUGAUAGUUUGUUACAUGGAGCUUUUCCCGGUGUCUGCGAAGUGAUUGUUGAUGAGCAAAUUCGAAGCUUCCACCAUGAUUGGCAAUAUAUUCCUCCUAAUCCUAAUCGAUGGCGAAGUUUCUACCGUAGUUUGGCUCAGUAUUUCAUCACUAAGCCAUAUCCUUUUACCGUGGAACCCUACAGAUAUCAAUAUUAAAUGUAUGGGCGACAAAUUUGUGUUGCAGACAGAGACAACGAGGAACUCGCCAGCCAACCGGAUGGACCUUGGUUGAUAUUUCACCAAUUGACGUUAGGAUUUUGUGGGCUUUUAUUUUGACAAUUUUUUUUUUUUUUUUUUUGGUUGUAGAACUCUUUGCAUUUUUCCAAACAUAUGAACUAUUGUUACAAUUAUUAUUGUGGAAAUUGAGCUUGUAA